AUGAGCUAUACUCGAGCGAGUGCUAGCAUGCUGACUUGUAGAGUACGGAAAUUCUUCAUACAGAAUGUUGCCAGAGAGCUCAACCUGGUCUUUCCAACUGCCAUGGCUACGGCGGUCACAAUUCGCAAUAUGCAUGCUGCAGCAAGCGGAACGAAGAUUGCUGGAAGGCGUAUGAAAUAUGCACUCAUCAGUUUCCUCGUCGCAAUGACACAUUCUGUGGUGUCACAGUACGCAAAGGGUAUACUAUUGGUAACAGCGCGGCCACGUCUAUACUACAGGUCAGCACUGGAAAUAACUGACGACGAGCAGGACUGGCAUAUAUUCGGCUGGCUGAGAAGCCUCAAUAUGGUCUCCACUUUCGCAAUCGCGGCCGAGAGUUGGGGAUGGGUUCUUGAACUCUCUCCAGCCAUGGUAGGUACUGGCAUGAUAGUGUCUCCGAACGUAGUAUGCUCAUUCUUCGCUGGAUCUGUCUUGGUAUGGGGAGUCAUGGGGCCAUAUCUCGUCUCGCGUGGUCUAGCUUUUGGCCAGCCUGUUUCUAAAGAUCCAUACUGGUCUGGGCUUACCUCCUACACGAUCAUGUCAGACGGCUUUGCCAACGCUGAACAUCCUAGCGCGCGAUACUGGCUUCUCUGGCCGGGUGUUGUGUGUAUGCUCACAGUAGCUUUUCUCAAACUUGCUUUCCAAGGCCGGGUUCUUUGGAAUCUCCUACGUACCUCUGCUGUAGCCUCGAUACCAGUCAUCGCACGUUUGAUUGGUCGAACGCAGUACGACUAUACCAGAUUGGAAUCUGGAAACGGCAACGAGACCGAGGAUGAGGAAACGCCCUGUUCCGAGAAGAACGAAGCCUUCAGCCUCACGGCUUGGGGGUCUUCCCUAUUGUUCGUGAUUGUCGCAGCCUGCAUCUUAACAAAAAGCCAGUUCCAAAUGUCUAUACUGGAGACUGUUGUAGCGCUUGUACUUGCAUUCCUUAUGUCCUUGAUCACAAUCCAGGCAACAGGUGCUACUGGUGAGCAACUCAGCACUUUGUACGAACAAUUGAAAGCUGAUCUUUGUAAAGACACCACUCCAAUCACGACAGUAUCAAAGGUAUCUCAAGUUACCCUAGGCGCCAUGGCCCGCGCAUCAGGAUCCUCUGUUCAGGAGACCGAACGUAUCAAUCUAAUCGGGGGUGCGCUCACUAGUAUGGGCGCGAAUCACGCUACAGACCUCAUAAGCGACUUCAGGGUUGGUUUCCUCUUGCGUACACCGCCUGGACCGCAAUUUCUAGCGCAAAUUAUCGGUAUGUAG